AUGGGGAAGAUGUGCGUCUUUGUUGCAUCUGAUGUUAAUGUGCGACCGCCAACCGGUUGCCCAUCGUCAUUGCCGUCAUCGCCGCGCCAGCAGAAGCAGCUUCAUCAUCUGCAGAAGAGGGCUAUAAAACGGCGUGUGCCCACGAUUGCCGAAUCAUUUCCAGUCGGUCCAGAGGCGAGCAAUCAUCGAGUCCUUCGCAGCGAAUCCAGAGAAAUGGCAGCCCGUUUCAUAAUCAGUGCGCUUCUGCUGGCUAGCCCAGCUGUAUGGGGCAAGCCCACUUUCGGACGAGAACAUGUCCACAUCCGCAUUCACCUGCCGGAGAGCGGUGGGGAUCACGGCGGCCACGGAGGCGGUGAUUUUGGCGGCCAUGGAGGUGGCGGCUAUGAGGUUCACUCCCACGAUGGCGGAUACAGCGGCGGUGGAGGAGGUGGUGGCCAUGUGAACACCUAUGCUGUUAUCACCGAGAACCACGGAUACAGUGCCGGAGGAGGCGGAGGCGGUGGCGGUGACCACGGAUACAGUUCCGGCGGAUAUAGUUCCGGUCAUGAUGAUGCCAAGAUUGCUGCUAUCGCAGCUGCCGCUGGCUCGUCCUCUGAUCACGGACAUGGUGGACAUGGAGGCAGCGGCGGACACGGCGGAGGUUACGGUGGCCAUGCCAUCGCCAACAUUGCAGCCAUCGCCGCCACCUCGGACUCUUCUGCUCAUGGUGGCAGCGGAGGAUACGGAGGCUACAGCGGUGGCGGUCACAGCGGAGGAGGUCAUGACACCCAGGUGAUUGUGGCUGCUGCUGCAGCUGGUGAUUCCCAUGGUUCUUCCGGCGGAUACGGUGGUGGCUCCUCUGGUGGAUACAGCGGUGGCUCCUCCGGUGGCUACAGCGGUGGCUCCUCCGGUGGCUACGAUGGUGGAUACUCUGGGGGAUCCUCUUACAGCGGUGCCUCCUCCUACAGCGCUGGUUCGUCCUACAGCUCCGGAGGAUACAGCGGUGGACAUGGCGGCGGCUACAGCAGUGGCGGCGGAUCCAGCUACGAUACCCAGGUGGUGGCUGCAGCCGCUGCUUCCGGCAGCGGUGGCUCCUACGGCGGAUCUUCCGGCGGCGGUGGCGGUGGCGACGGAUACAGCUACUCGGCGCCGGCUUCCGGCGGCUGGGCAGGAUCCAACCCAAGCUGGAAGUAG